AUGGUUAAAGCUGUCGUUCUCGGUGCCUCCGGCGGUAUCGGCCAGCCUCUCUCACUCCUCUUCAAGGCCAGUCCUCUCGUGGAUGAGCUUGCCCUCUACGAUGUUGUCAACACCCCUGGUGUCGCAGCCGAUCUUUCUCAUAUCUCCAGUCCCGCUAAAAUCACUGGCUACCUCCCCGCAGACGAUGGCUUGAAGAAGGCUCUCACCGGUGCCGACAUUGUUGUCAUCCCUGCCGGUAUUCCUCGCAAGCCGGGAAUGACCCGUGAUGACCUCUUCAAGAUCAACGCCGGUAUCGUCCAGACUCUGGUCAAGGGCAUUGCAGAGUUCAGCCCCGAGGCUUACGUACUGAUCAUUUCCAACCCCGUCAACUCCACUGUCCCCAUUGCUGCCGAGGUCCUCAAGGCCGCUGGUGUUUUCAACCCUAAGCGUCUCUUCGGUGUCACCACCUUGGAUGUUGUCCGUGCCGAGACUUUCGUCCAGGAAUGGAGUGGCCAGAAGAACCCCUCUGAGACCACCAUCCCUGUUGUUGGUGGACACUCUGGUGACACCAUUGUCCCACUCUUCAGCCAGGCCAAGCCUGCUUUCCAGAUUCCUGCCGACAAAUACGAUGCCCUCGUGAACAGAGUCCAAUUCGGUGGUGACGAGGUUGUCAAGGCCAAGGACGGUGCUGGUUCUGCUACCCUUUCCAUGGCUUACGCUGGUUUCAGAUUCGCCGAGAGCGUGAUCAAGGCCGUCAAGGGUGAGAAGGGUAUCGUCGAACCCUCAUUUGUCUACCUUCCUGGUGUGCCAGGUGGUGAAGCUAUCCAGAAGGCCACUGGCGUGGACUUCUUCUCCGUGCCCAUCGAACUCGGAACCGACGGUGUUUCCAACACCAUUAACGUGCUCGAGAACACCACUGAGACUGAGAAGAAGCUGCUCGAAGUUGCCAUCAAGGGUCUCAAGACCAACAUUGAGAAGGGUGUUGACUUCGUCAAGAACCCCCCACCAAAGUAA